GUGGCCGUCCUUUUUUUUUUUCCGUUCGUCGUCACCCCUUCCGCCUCCGCCUCCGCCUCGCCCCGACUCGAUCGCUGCGCCGCUGCCGUAGGUGACUGACUCCCGACUCCGAUUCCGCCGCCACCGCUGCCGCCGGGGACGAGCGCCGCCACUGCUUGCGCCAAUCCAGGGCUUGGGGAAGACACUACUGCUGCAACCAUGAGCACCAUGAAGUUUUGCCGUGAGUGCAACAACAUCCUGUACCCCAAGGAGGACAGGGACAGGCGCACCCUAUACUUCGCAUGUCGCAACUGCGAGCACCAGGAGGUCUCUGACAAUAACUGUGUCUAUCGGAACGAAGUGCACCACACGGCCGGCGAGCGUACACAGGUCUUGCAGGAUGUAGCUUCUGACCCAACUCUUCCCAGAACCAAGACUGUCCGCUGCAAUGCCUGUGGGCAUGGAGAGGCUGUUUUCUUCCAGGCCACGGCAAGAGGGGAGGAGGGGAUGACCCUGUUCUUUGUGUGCUGCAGCCCUGAUUGUGGUAAUCGGUGGAGGGAAUGAUGCGAUGGAAUUUUGGCUCUAAUAGUUGUCCCAUCAGAGCUUCAAACUGAACUUGUUUUGUGAUUUUCUUGGAAAUGUAUUUGGAAGUCCUGGCGUAUCUUAAGAAUGACGAGAGAAUGUUUUUCCAAUAUUUUACUUUUUCUAUAUGUAACUAGUUAAGUGCCCGUGCGUUGCUACGGGUAUAUAUAGAAUCUUAUGAUGAAUA